AUGUUACCUUUCCGACCAAUUCUUUCCGAAGAAGAAUCACGAGAGUUAGAAACAGUUGACGUCUAUGUAUCAGACGUAGAACCACAAGAGGCUGGAAAAGUUUUAAAAUUCAUCCAGAAGUAUUGUCCACCGCAUAAAGACCUCGAACAUGCGAAAAAGACAAGGAGAAUUAACCAUGAAAACGGCUACACUUUGACAGUACUUCUCUGUCAAACAAACUCGAUUUCCGAAUCAGAUCUGAUAAAGUUGGUCGCGGAAAACGAGUUGGACCACGUCAUAUUUCCCCGCGUUGAAUCUGUCUCAAAGCACAGGGCUUAUACGAGAGAACAGUUCGAUGCAUGGCGAGUGCUCUGGCCGCUUAAUUACCGAGAAGAUCCCAGGCGGGAAAUUAACUUUCCAACAGAACCUCUCCGUCUUCACAUGAAUCGAGCAAUUGAACUCUCAGAAAAAGCAAAAUCAUUGGGCGAGGUACCAAUCGCUUGCGUAAUAGUCGAUCCAACAAAGUCAGAGAUUCUUGCUGAAUCAUGUGAUACCCGCAAUACGUCAAACCAUCCGUUACGACAUGCGGUGUUGAAUUGUAUCGCUGCAAUUGGAUCUCGGGAGAAAGCUGACAAGGCUGCACUUACCACAAUAUCAGCGAAACGAAAAUCCGAUGAUAUUUGCGAGUCGGAUGAGAUAGCAGAAAAUAUUGGAUCCUAUUUGU